GCUGCAAGAUUUUCUCCAAAAUCCUCUCCCAAAGAUUGAGCUCCAUUCUUCCCAGAUUGAUCUCACCUGAACAAGGGGGUUUGUAAAAGGAAGGGUGAUCCAUGACCAAGUCCUCCUCACACAAGAACUUUUCCAUGGCCUUGACUACAAAACUAGGGUGGUAAUCUUGCCAUCAAGCUGGACAUGUCUAAGGCAUUUGAUAGAAUUUCUUGGAAUUUCCUUAUCACUGUCCUAGAAAAAUUUGGUUUCAACAAUUCCUUCCAGGCCCUCAUUCAAAACCUAUUCCACAGCUCUCACUUCACCAUCCUGAUCAAUGGCCAUCACACUAAAGCAUUCAAACCUAAAAGAGGAUUGAAACAAGGAGACCCUCUAUCCUCUCUACUCUUCAUCCUUGCAUCUGAAGCCUUCAGCAGAACCAUCAAGAAGGAAACUAAUUCUGGAGCCCUCUCCCCAUACUAUCUUGGCAGGAACUACACCCCUAUAACCCACCUUGCCUUUACUGAUGACCUUAUACUCUUCACUAAGGGAGAUUCCCCUACUGUCACUAGCAUCAAAUUAUUACUUUCAGACUAUGAGGACUGCUCUGGAUGGUAUCAUAAGCUGCUCAGUCAGAGUGGAAGGUUAACCCUCAUCAAGCAUGUCCUUAACACCAUGCCACUGCAUAUGUUGGGCUGCAGUAAACUUACUAAGAGCAUCAUCAAAUGUCUCCAUUCCAAAAUGAAUAAUUUUCUUUGGGGCCAUGACAAAGACAACAAGAAGUACCACUGGUCCUCUUGGGAGAAGCUAUGCUUUCCUAAGGAUGAGGGUGGGUUGGGAUCCACUGAUCUCAACACUCUGCACCUAUGGAAUACCAGCCAUGGAAUCCUAACCUACUUGACAAAUUGGUGGAAACAAGGUGCACUGAAAAAGCACAACAAAGCACUCCUCAAUAUCAUUCCAGGAAUCAUAACCCGUGAGAUAUGGAAAGAAAGAAACAGGAGGAUCUACGAGGAAGAAGAACACACCUUGACACACACAAUUACAAUCAUCACAAAACAGAUCUACGAAUGGAUUUUCAUCCACCAUAAAGGAAAAACAACGCUGGAUAUCAGAAUUUAUGACAGUUUACCUUCAAUUAGAAUGGGCGCAAUCACUGUACAUCGAUGGGUAUUCCCAGCCACUGGAGUAACACUUACAACAGACGCGGCAAUCAGGGAGGGAAGAUCAGCUGGAGCCAGCAUCCUGCGCACAAGGCACCGCCAAUUUCUUAUUGCUUGGACCUAUCCUCUACAACCAAACCUCCCACCAGCUGAGACAGAAAUGGAGGCAGCAUACGAAGGAGUGGCGCGAGUUAUGGAAUACCAAGGAGCAUUCGAGAAGCUACUCACCCAUGUCAUUGACGUUCUCAAACCCUACGUUCAAUCGUUGUUUCACGCGGGCCUAAAGAAACACCUUCAACAUGAGAUUAGCUUACUUAAACCCGAGAUGUUGUCGGAGUCCUUUGCUUUGGCCCGGGAGUUAGAGGCAAAACAUCAAGCCAUCGUGCACUUAGUAGGGUUGAGGAGCUCGUCAUGUUGCAACAACGUCAACCGCAACAGCCCUAGCCGGGCCGUGACAGAAACAUCAGUGGGGUCAGUAACCAAGCAAACCCCGGCGGGAAGUGGGGUUAAAACCUCUCUAGAGGGGCGAGAGUCCUCCACCACGCACCUCAUCAGACGUCUCACCCGGGCAGAACGUUUGGAGAAGGAUGCAAAGGGAUUAUGCUACAACUACGACCAAAAGUGGCACAAGGGGCAUAAAUGCGGGAGGUUUAUCCUGAUCACGGGGGAAGAGGAAGGGGAAGAGGAGGACAGCGAGAAAGAGAAAGAAAUUGAGGUGGCAGCCGAUAUUUCCAGUUUGAAUAACAUGGCAGGGGUCACCACCCCACGUUUGUUACGUUUGACAGGAAAGAUCGAACAACAUGGGCUGGACGUAUUAAUUGACGAGGGAAGCACACAUAACUUCGUGCACCCCCGUAUGGUGGAGAAACAUGGAUUGAGCCUUGAGGCAGUAGCGGCGUUCCGGGUGUACGUGGGGAACAGAGACUCCUUAUGUUGCACCCAACAAUGCCGGAAUUUGGCGCUAGAGCUAAAAGGAACGACAUUUACGGUGGACCUCUACGUCCUUCAGAUUCACGGGCAUGAAGUGGUCCUUGGCGUCCAAUGGUUGAGGGGGCUGGGGCGAGUUCUGCACGACUACGAACGGCUGACGAUGGAGUUUGCAUGGGGCAAACAAAUGGCACAAGAACCAAAACGAUUGCAAUUGGCGUGGAGAGAUUCGACCGCUGUAUUUGAUUAUGGUGUGAUUACAAUGCGGCACAUGGAGACGUACACAGGGCAUACAUUGAAGCAGUGGGAAUGUGGCUUGAAAAAGGGGGAUGAGAAGGUGGUGAAUGCACUUCGCACAACGUAUUGUGCUGCGAUAGUCGAAUCAGAUGCCAACGACGUUAAGGACAAGAUAAGGCAGCUGGUGAAGCACUCGAGUGGUUGAAGUCUACAUGACUUAAUUACAAAUUCAUGUUUUUGAUGCCUAACUUUUUCUUGGGGAUUAUGAUGUAUUCUGUUUUUGUUUUUUCUAGAAUUUCCAGUUUCGUAUGCUUUUGAGUUUUGGUUUCAUGGAGCAACUCCUGAGUGAGUCGAUGCUGGCUUGUUCGUUU